AUGAUGCGCUGCUGCUGCUGCUGCUGUCACCACCGGCAACCGCCCUGUGCACUGGGGCUGUUGCUGUUGCUGCUGCCGCCGGCCCUCGUCCCUGUAUCUCCCCUGGCAGCAGCCGCAGCGGGCCCAGGCCGCUGUGACACCAUAUAUCAGGGCUUUGCCGAGUGUCUCAUCCGCUUGGGAGACGGCAUGGGCCACGGAGGCGAACUGGAGACCGUCUGCAGGUCUUGGAAUGACUUCCACACCUGUGCCUCACGAGUCCUAUCGGGCUGCCCGGAGGAGGCAGCUGCCGUGUGGGAGUCACUACAGCAAGAAGCUCGCCGGGCCCCACACCCAGAUAACUUGCACACUCUCUGUGGCACCCCUGUGCGCCUUCAGGAGCGUGGGGUGGGCCCAGAGACCAACCAGGAAACCCUGCGGGCGACAGCGCCGGCGCCCACCCCGGCCCCCACGCCCCCGCUGCUGGCAGCUGCUCUGGCGCUGGCCUGCCUCCUGGGGCCCCUGGCCUAG